AUGAACAUUAUACAGAAAUUUAAAAUAUUUUGAGGAAAACAAUGGUCAAUUGAUAUUGGAAUAAAAUAUUCAAGUUAUUUAUUAAUUGAUGAUGCUUAUUAUUGUGUUAAUGAUCCCCAUAUAAAAAAUCAACUAAAACUGUCUGAUUUAUUGAUCACCGAUUCAACUAGUGAAAGUGAUAGUAGUACAUCAUCACUUGGAUAUAACAGUCCUGUUCCAUCUAGUCGUGCUACAAAAAUGAAAGUCAUUAAUACAAAAAAGGAACAACAAGCAAUUAAACACAAAAUAAAUCGAAAAAUUCGUUAUUUUUUAGGACAAUAUUGUCAUAUUGAUCCAAUCAAUAGUAUCCGUGUCAUAGGAGAAAUACAUCGUCCAGCAGCAUCAUAUUUAUUAUUUGAAGUUUUAUUAAUUUAUUGUGAAAAUAAAAAUAAAAAACCAAGUGAAAUAUCGAAAGAAUUUUCUGAUGAUUUAUAUUUUGCAACUGGUGUUAUGUUAAGUGGAAAUUUAUUUUCACAUUCAAAUUUAUGUUCAUAUGUUCGAUUACAUUCAGGUUCUGAUCCAUUAAAUUUAGAAGAAAUUAUUCAUAGAUUUCAAAAUGCCAAAUUUCAUUAUGUGGACGAUUAA